GUUUCCUCUGGAAAGUAAAAUUAUUCAGAUCACAUUGCAUGAUCCGCUUGAUACCAUCAAUAGUAAUCAAGAAAGUGAGGGUGAAUGCAUAAAACUGUAUGCCACUGAUUAAUUGACUUGAGUAGUUGUAUAUCACUCAUAUCAACGAAUAGUGCAUAGUAGCCAAAUCGGAAUGAUCCAAGAACCGGAUAGCGGUUUCGCUUGUUGGAGGCUGAGCUCAUCAGAGGUAGUGUACCCCGUUUUACUCAGUUCAGAGAGCUACUUUGGCUGGCGACCUGAUGAUGCCGUAAAUCGAUUUCACUGUUUGUGAAUUAGUUACGAAACGAAUGGAACACACCUAUCCAGUGUUUAGAUCACCUUGACCAAGCUAGCGGGGUUGUGAAGUUACACCGAUUGAGAUGAUAAGGACAUGUGUUACUCAAGCAUGCCUAACCACUGCAUUCCUCGACGGGCAGUGUUAACUUGCAUGGGAUCAGGUUGGAAAAGAGAAGGCUAAUGGGGAUCAAAGGAAAAGAUGACUUCAUCAGUCAAUGAAAUCCACAACGGUUAGUUUAAUCCAUCCACGUAAGGAGGUGUAGACUUACUGACUGGUUGGUGUCCUCAGGGCGGCGAAAACCAAUGAAGGCUGGAGACAAUUGGUGAAAUGUCUGAAACUCGUUGUCAAUGGCUGGCGUAGAUGCAUUCUCUCUUUCUGAUUUAUAGUAUGCUAUAAAACUGUACUGUGCUUCCGUAUUACUAUUCUUUUUGGUUCAUGUUUCUGUUUGUUAUCUUUCUUUUGAAUCUCUUUCUUUACUCUCUUCUCUUGUUUUGUUUUGUGUGUUACAUUGGGGAAGUGUGGCAGCUGGAACUGGUACACAUUUGUGCAAAGUUCUACUUUGAAACCAGGCAGUCAGAAAGCAAGCACUAUUGGUUGGUAGGACUAGCAGACAACUACUUAUAUCGGAUCCCAGUGGCUUAAUCGUCUUCAAGCUCGCUGGCCUUGUAACCAGAGGGUCCUGGUUUUGCACUCCGGUGGGUGCGUACUUCCGAUGAUUCCUAAAUUAGGAUGGUUCUCUAACUGAUGUCAACUCGUAAUAAAAUCCUGCAACCAAUCAAACAAAAUCCCUACAAAACCCAAACUUGAAAACUACUUAUAUCAUCAAUCAGUAGUAUAUAGUUGUGAUUCCGUCUUGUUGUAGAUAAGUUUAGUGACGAUGUUGAAUCCACACAGACUAUAUUUCGGUUGAAUAGUUAGCGUGAGAUCCGAUUUUAUUUAAUACUGUUGUCCUGUUGUAUCCUUUCAUUUUCGCCCCCCCCCCCCCAUAUUUCAAUUACAACAUGUUUUUCGUUACUUUGACCCCAUUAACUAUCACUUAUGUCAACAUGUGUGCUCAUCAUUAUGAUUUUAUCGAUUCUACCUCAUUAAUGUGCAAAUUCUCUCUGUCUGUCUCUAGCUCUGAUUUUCAUAUAGAAAAUGGAAUUUCCUAACACGCCUAGUUUAGUUAUUCCUCAUGGAUUUCAUUCAUCAGGAAAAUGUCGCUAUUGUAAACAAAAUUCUAAUGAACAAAAAAGAACAUGGGAUAUGACAGCUGAACAACUCACUGUAUCAGACUAUCAAUAUAUGAUUGAUCGAGGCUGGCGUCGUUCAGGUACUUAUUGUUAUAAACCGUUGAAUAAAGUAACCUGUUGCCCAUCAUACACUAUUCGAUGUGAUGCUUUAAACUUCCAAUUGAAACGUUCACAUAAAAGAGUGUUGAAUAAUAUGUGUGAUUUCUUGAAGUAUGGAAAAUUAUCCAAUGGUGAGAUAGUAGACAAUUCGGAGAUGAGUAGUACUCCUGAAAGAAAUGAUCAUUGUGAAGAGGUUUCAUCGGAGGAAGAUGAAGAACAAGACGCAGGAGAUCUUCAUGUAUUUUCGCUUCAAAGUGAAAAGCUUUGUAUGCUUAUGAAAGUAUGA